AUGAAUUUUUUAAACAUUUUUCUAAUUUUCCCCUCCCUUUUGCUUCUUUUAAAAUUAAUUUUGGGUGCUGAUAAGGAUGUAGAAUGGGGAUAUGAAGAGCACAAUGGACCUGAUAAAUGGAUACAAAAAUGUAAGGAAGGCAAGAAUCAGUCACCUAUUAAUAUUCAAACAAAAAGUCUCAAAAUAAAUUGUUUGGAUAAACUUGAACUUGUAAAUUACAAUAAUUCUGGGGCUGUUGAAGUAAAUAAUAAUGGGCAUGGAGGUAAAAAAAGAUUUUUUUAG